AUGGCUACUGGAAGGCCAGAACUAGGAUCUAUCUUCAGGCAUAAGACUCAAGAAGAUAAAUCUGAAAUUCUGACUCUAGUCGAGCAAUGGACUGUUGAAGAAAUCACUGACAGCGACAACAACAACAAGGCACUCAAUACUAUUACUGGGUCACUCGAUGAGGGCGAAUUUGGUCUAAUCGCUGGAUGCAGCUCUGCAAAAGAUGCAUGGGAGAUACUGGAAAAACUCUAUGAAGGAGAUUCGUCUGUCAAACAAACUAAGAUGCAGCAAGUUCACACCAGAUUUGAGGAACUGCGUAUGAAAGAUGAAGAAACCAUAGUCGAAUUCAACGCUAGGGUUCAAGAAUUGAAGAAUGAAGCUGCCGUACUGGGUGAGCCGUUUUCAUCGGAUAAACUGGUUAGAAAAAUUCUUCGAUCCUUGCCGGUACGUUUCAGAAUGAAAGUUACUGCAAUUCAGGAAAGUGUAGGCUGGGAAAAGAAAUCUGUUGCUGAAUUGAUGAGCAAUCUGAGGACAUAUGAGAUGGACAUCCUAUCUCAAGAAAAUAGUUCCAAAAAGUGGAAGAAUGUGGCCUUUAUUGCUGAAGGAUGUGACUCAGAUGAAGAAAUCGAAGAAUUGGAUGAUGAAGCUGUGGCAAUGAUCACCAGAAACUUCACCAAGAUCCUAAAACAGAUAAAUCGUAGAAACAGAGGAGGUAAGAAUCAAACAAACAGAUCAAACAGUUCUUCCUCACCUUCAUCAAAUUCAUAUAAAUCUGUUGGAAAAUCAUCAAAUUCGAACUACAUGAAGAACUCCGGUCAGACAAAUCAAUCUGGACAAUAUGCAAAUCAGUCACGACCUAAUCAAUGGCAACAGGGUCCUAAUCAAUGGCAACAGGGUGAAAGUAAAAACAAGAAUAAAGGAAUUCAGUGCAGAGAAUUUGAAGGUUUUGGACAUAUCCAGGUAGAAUGUGCCACUUAUCUCAAAAGAAAGAAAUCCAUGAAAGUUACCACCUGGAGUGAUGAAGAAUGCUCAAAAGAAACGCAAGAUGAAGAUGAAGAAAUUUCAGGGAACUUUGUAGCAUUCACUAUUGCUGUGACUGAACCCCAGUCCGAAUUGGAUUGUUACUCAGAUCAGGAAGACGUAGACAAGGUGUCCUAUGAAGAACUUGAACAAUCUUACGUUCAACUGUACAAGAAAUGGGAGAUUCUCUUGAAAACUCACACGACAACCAAUUCCAAGAAUGAAUUCCUGCAAAAGAUCAUUGAAUCACUGAAGAAACUAGUUGCUGACAAGGAUGCUGAACUAGUUGAGUCCAGAUCUCAAGUGAAGAUGCUAUCAACUAAAUUGGAAGCUCUAAAAAGGCAAAUUCAAAUGAUGAACACAACAUCAACUCUAAAUCAGAUACUUGACUCUGGCACAAGUAUUGGGAUAAGGACAGAUGCGAAUCAGAGAAACCUCAGAAAAUAUAUUCCGACAUGUCACUACUGCAACAAGAAAGGGCAUACAAGACCAGAAUGCUAUAAGUUUUACAAUGAUCAAAGAACAGAAAAAUUUCAGAAGAAAUGGAUCACCCCUGUCUGUCGACAAAUCUGGGUAAGAAAGUCAGAUCUAGUCUGUUAUUCUAUGCAUCUGGAAAAAGAACAGGGAAAAUGGUAUUUUGACAGCGGUUGUUCUAGACAUAUGACCGGUAACAAAGAGUAUCUUAGGAAUGUGAUACCGUAUACUGGACAAGUAACCUUUGGUGACGGAAUCAAAGGUGAUAUUAUGGGAAUCGGUAUUCUCAAUUUAGCUGGGCUGCCCUCCCUAUCAAAAGUUCUACUGGUGCACGGUCUAAAAGUAAAUCUGAUAAGCAUCAGUCAAUUGUGCGACCAAAAACACAACGUGGGAUUCACUAAAUAUCGAUGCAUUGUCAAGGAUCAAGAAAACAAAACUAUCAUGGAAGGUACAAGAUCCUCUGAUAAUUGUUAUACUUUAUCUACUGAUCUUUUGUGUUGCAGAACUACUAUUGACAAUACAGGGCUAUGGCAUCAAAGACUUGGACAUAUGAACUAUCAAGACAUGAAUCAACUCAUAAGCCAUGAAUGUGUAAGGGGCAUACCCAAGUUCAAAGUCAAGGAAACUGGCAUUUGCGGCCAUGUCAACUUGGAAAACAAACUAGAGCUCCUCACAAAUUCUAUAACCACAUAG